GGAAAUAAGUUCAGGAGUCGUUGUUGGACUUUUACCGACAGCCUGGAAUUCAACACCGGAGACGCGGUGCGUGUGUCCACGUGUUUGUACUUCGGACGGUUUACGAAGGACACAACCUAGUGAGAUCUCAUCCUGCACCCAGCUCUUCUCCGUCAUCUCCCUGCUGCAGCUCCACCCAAACAUGGCCACCACCUGAAUCCCCUCCGAGGUCUCCCUGGGUGACGGCUCGUCAGAUGGAGCAGGACCCGGAUUCUCAGCAGCACCAGGAUGAGCUUCAGUCGAGUCCAUCUCGUCCCUACGAGGAACUCUUCUGCAGAAGCAACACCUCCCUCGCUGUGGGCCCUCUGACCGGCGCCCUCGUGACCCCCCGCGGGCCACACAGCGACGUGGUGAAACGGGGUUACCUCGGCAUGCUGGACCGCAGCCACAGAAGAUAUUUCGUCCUCAGAGCAGGAAGUCACACCGGGCCGGGCCGACUCGAGUGGUACAAGAACCAGGAGAGGUCUGCUGGUAAAGCUGCGCUGUUUGGCUCGAGCAAGCUGGGGGUGAUGUACCUGAGGUGCUGUCUCGGUGUGAGUCGGAGUGGCAGUUCCAGCAAAGGCUCCACGGUGGCGCUGUAUGCCAAGGAUCAGACCAUGGUGCUGCUGGCGGAGGACCAGUGGGAACAAGAAGCCUGGUACCUGGCCAUUAGGAAACUGAUGGAGGAAGAGCGGAAGGAUGAAGAGCGUGUGGAAGAGGAUGAUGGGUAUUGCACCCUGCCCUCCGCUGCUUCCUUCAGAGAGGUGUGGCCCGUCACAGUGAGGUCCACAGGUCUGGGCUGUACCAAGUCUCUGGCCGGGGAGAGCCGUCUCUGCCUCACAGCCGCGUCUCUCGUCCUGGUCCGAGUGACGGCGUGCGGCGACUUGCCGUCGCUCACAAUCCCGCUGCUCAGUGUCAGGCGCUUUGGUCACUUGGACGGCUCCUUCUACUUGGAGCUCGGCAGGUCGGCACCAAAUGGGCCUGGAGAAAUCUGGAUGGGAGCAAGAGACCAAGGGAACCCGGCCUUCGCCCAUCACAUUCACGAGGUGGUCAUUGAGACGGUCAGGGCGCUGCGAGCUCUUCCCGACUUCAGCCGCUCACCAGCCUCCACCCACAGUCAGCUUCAGGCCCUCCUGGCUUCCAAGCGCUGCCGACCCAAAUACAGAGACAAGGCGGCGAAGGUGAGACCGACCGGUGCUGGUCCGCUCCUCAGGAACCCUGGAACCCAGACGAGUCGCCCCGAAUGUCACCUCGAGCCCGACAAACCACACCAAACGCAGCCUGGGUCCCCUCGGAGCUCCGCCUCCCACCUCGGCCCUCUCGGGUCCCCUCGGAGCUCCACGUCUGAGUCCGAAGGCUACGUGGAAAUGGAGACGGACCAGCUCGUCCCAGUGGACCAAGGGAGGGAUGGCGACCCCGAAGGAGCUGCCAUGGCGACGGGGGACCGCCGCAGUGGGAGCUGGGAGCCAGGCGAGGUGCAGCGUCUAGGUUACAUGAUGAUGUCACCACCAGGGGGCCACGGUUCACCUGCGCUGUCUCAGGAUGACUAUGUGACGAUGGCGAGCCCCCAAAAGCACAACGCACAACCUCGCCCUCUCUCCCCCUCGUCUUCCCUCCAGACGUCAUUCGACAGCUUCACCUUCGACAGCUCCUCUCUGCACGCGUGGCAUCGUCGGACCAACGAGCCCAGUCCUCCACGCCGGCUUCUGACCUCGGGCCAACAGUCAGAGACGGGAGCCGGCCAAUCAGAGAGGAGCAUCAGCUGCUCCAGCCAACCACAGGAAGCUGUGAGGAGUGCUGAGCCGUCUGCCGUGACGACUCCCUUCGUCCAAAGUGGACCAGACCAGGCCGGGCCGGGCCGGGCUAGCCGAGCGGCCUCAGACCGAUCAGUUAGAAGAUGGCGGCUGUCUCUGUGUCUGCCGUCCUGCCUGAGGACGCAGACUGAGUCAUUGUGAUGAUCGUUUUGCUGGUGAUGUUAUAGUUACACCAACGUAUGAAAGAAUAAUUGAUUUAAAUUUUCAAUCAAAGGGAUUUAUAUUAAAUGCAGAAUGUAAUGAAUAUAUUGUCUGUAAAUUCACUGAAUGUUUUGUUUCAGUUUUCCCUUUUUCUACAUUUUCUUUGUCUUUCCUCUUUCAGUGUGGAUUACAUUGGGCCUUGGAUUGUGGUUGAAGCACUUUCACUGUUAUGAAAUAAUUAAAAGAAUAAAGUCCUGUGAAAGCAAAUGUUUCUUAAGCCCUUCGUUGAUCAGUAUAAAAGCAUACAUAAGAAACAAAGAAUUUAAGCAGAAUUUACUGCUUUUCCUUUGCUGUGUGGAGUCUUGUGUCGUCUUUGUGAUUCUGUCCUAACGGGACCAACUCAG